AUGUCAUUAGUAGAAUCCGGUUGGCGACAAUUCACAUUUUUUGAGAAGCACAAUGUUUAUGAUCCAAGUAAUCCGGAACACAAAUUUAAUGGAUUAAAGAAUUUGAGAGCGUGUUGUUCAGUAUCGGGUGAUGGAUUUACUAUAUUUGGAGAACCAUCUGGUGCAAUAUUAAAAUUAUCGCGGAAUUUGGAAGAAUACUAUUGGAUAGCCCAUAAACACUCUUUGGCAAAUAUAGCACUUGCGGGACAUAUUCUCGCGACUGUUGGUGAAGAUGAAGAAGGGAUUAAUUCACUCAUUAAGUUGUGGCAGUUGGAUCGAAUUGAAAAGGAUUCCCCGUUUUGUGUCCGUGUUAUACCUCUAGGCUCUUUGUUAGGCGUUGGACACAACACGCAGGCUUGUGCUAUCGCUUUGCAUUCUUCUUUGUCACAUAUUGCUGUGGGCUUCGUUGAUUCUUCUGUUAUCUAUUGUACGGGUAAUAUUAUCAAAGAAAAAUCAGGAAAGUGGCUCUUAGUAGUGAAUGGUUCAGGUACAAGUUCUAAUGAUAAAAUCACUGGGCUCUGCUUAACCUGGAUUAGUGGACAAGAUCUUUGUAUUCUCUACUGCUUAACGUCAACAUCUGUUACGUCUUAUUCAAUUACCAAAAGAUCUGUUGCAAACAAGGUUUUGCAUGAUGCAAAAGGAUGUCUUUGUGACUGCUGGGAUUUCAGUGAAACUCGUAAUCAGUUAAUUGUUGGCAGUAGUGAGAUGGUGCAUUUCUACGAUGUGGAGCGAAGUUUAGCUGCUGAUUCAGAUAGUGGCAGAGGUCGUUGUCAUGCACUUGGACGAAACAACGAAAAAAUUCAGUUGAUUGCAUUUGGCAAUCAUAUUGCACUGCUUACUCGACAGCCAGCUGUUAUACCUUCAUCAACUGAAUUGUGGACUUACGUUGUUUCCAUAUAUGAUACUGAAGGACAGUGUGUUGCAUUUUCUUGCGCCCUUCCAUCUGUUUCUCGGAUAUUUCUGUUGGACUUUGUAUUAAUGGUUCUCAGUCAAGAUGGAACAAUUUCUGCGUUCAUGGAAAAGAGCAUUAGCUCAAAACUUGAUAUUUUGCUAAAAAAAAAUUUAUAUGAUCUUGCUGUUGGGGUUGCCAAAAGAAGUUCAGUUGCUAUGGAACAUCUCCCUGAAAUUUAUAAGAAGUAUGGGGAUUAUUUGUACAGAAGCGGAGAUUUUGAAAAUGCAGUACAGCAGUACGCGGAAACUGUCGGUUGCUUAGAACCGUCCUAUGUUAUCAAAAAGUUUCUGGAUGGAUCUCGCAUAAAAGAGUUGUGCAUCUAUCUUGAAGUAUUGCAUUCUAAAGGUAAUGCAAACAGUCACCACACAACUAUAUUGCUGAAUUGUUACACUCGCUUAGCAGAUCGAAAAAAAAUUAGUGAUUUUAUUGACCGUGAUUUCGAUUGCAAUAUGGAAACUGCAGUCCAGGUACUUCGGGCUGCAAACUUUACAGCAGAAGCAUGUCGUCUAUGUGCAAAACAGAAAUGGCACAUCGUAUUGUUAAGCAUAUUAAUUGAGGAUCGAGCCGACUAUCAAUCUGCACUCAAAUAUAUAUCAAAAUUAGACAUUUCUGAGGUCGAACAAUGCUUGGACAAGUUUGGAAAAUAUCUUUUGAUGAACAAUCCUGAGGAAACCAUGGAGUUAAUUUUGGAUAAAGCAUGUUUUGGCCAUAUUAAUGCUUUCGCUCUGAUGAAAGUAUUUGUUGGUUUGCCUUCACAGUGUCGAAAAUUUAUGGAGAAUGCGGUAAAGCACUUAGCAGAUAACGUGGACUUGCGUAAUUUGCUUUUAGAAUUUUGUCUUCGUCAAUGGGCACUGCGUGAUGAGGUUCUUCAGUAUGACAAACUUAUUGAAUACUACAUGCGACAAAACAAGCUGAAAGAAAUUAUCGAAUUAUGCGAAAAAGAGAACAGUCGUGAUCUGUGGAUGAAUGUGAUACUGUUUGUUUCUCGUGAAAAAAAUUUGGAUGCGGAUAUGAUACAUUUAUUACUCGAACGAAUCGAGGCGUUCAGUAAUAUCCAUCCACUUGUUGUUUUGGAAAUUUUUUCUAAAAGUGAUAAAUUUUGCGUUUCUCAUGUGAGAAAUUAUAUUAUCAACUGGAUGAAGCAAAGAAAUACUCAGGUUGAAACAGAUGAAAAAUCAAUUGCUGAAAACGAGGCAAAAAUGGCUAAUAUUGAAGAACAGAUUGAUAACAUUAAUUACAAGGUUCAAAUUUUUCAAAUGAAUAAAUGUUCUGCCUGCGAUACAUCUCUCCAGCUUCCAGCUAUUCAUUUUCUCUGCAAACAUUCCUACCAUGCUCACUGUCUUGAGUCUUACAGUGAGAAAGCUGAUCGUUGUCCAGCUUGUACUCAAGAUACUUUUAUUGAAAGAUUUGAAAACGAUAGUGAAAAGGACUUUUCUUCAUUCAGUGCGUAUGCUCAAUUUCGAAAUGAAAUAAAUGAAUCAGUGGACUGCAUGGCUCUUAUCUCUUCAUAUAUUGGGAAUGGUAUUUUUGACGUUUGGUGUAAAGAAAAAACGCUGAAGACUGAAAAUGAGUCAAACAUUUCUGAUCCAAAUAUCAUUAACAAGAAAUCAAAUUUGAAGCAGUUUGUCGACUGGUCAGCGUCUGAUAAAGAUUCAAUGUCGGUUCUUCCGCAUCAAUCAUUUUCUGCUUCAAAACCUGUAACUUCAUUAACAAAAUCUGCGGAAUCUACGAAUCCUUUUGAUAAUGAUGUCGAUGCCAGUAAUCCUUUCGAAGAGGACAUGUAA